AAUUUUAUUGCUGUAAAUCGUAAAGAUGGCUGCCAAACAAACCAAAUAAAUCUAGAUCUACUACUGAUUUAUAAUUAACAGUGAUGUUGUUUUCUAAAGUUCUGAAACAUGGAUAGCUGUUUUUAAUAUGUCCAGAAAAUAUAGUCGCAGUUUGCUGCGCAUUUCUGUUGCACAGAUAUGUCAAAAUUUGGGCUGGCAUUCUGCCCAGAGUUCUUCUCUAGAAGUACUCACAGAUGUUUUGGAAAGAUAUUUGUCCCAAUUGGGAGGAAUAUGUCACAGAUAUGCAGAACAAUUUGGAAGGACUCAAGCAAACCUUGAUGAUCUUGGCUUAGCUUUUCGACAUAUGGGUAUUAAUCUUUCUGAACUUGAAGACUAUGUUCGGCAUGUGGAACCAGUUCCAUUUGCCCAUGAGGUGGUUGCCUUUCCAGCACCUAAACCUGCAGUUAAUUUAGGAUUUCCCAAUCCAAGAAGUAGGGAAGUUUUACAACACAGAGAAGAGCACAUUCCGAGUCAUAUGCCAUUUAUGUUUCCAAACUUAAAAGAUGAGAUCCCUGAAGAGAAAUCCUCCCCUAAUGUUGAAAAUAUAGAGAAUGCUGAGCAGCAGGAUCUGACUUUAGAUGGCAACAAGAAAGAUGAUCCCCUUUCUGGAGACAAAAGACCUGCUGGUUCAUUACCUGCUGCUGAUAUGCCACCUAGUAAAAGACCAAGAUUUGGCAAUUCAUAUUUACCUGAAGAGGUCACUCAGUCACAGUACGAAAUGACAUGUGUAUUCAUGGGUCCAAAUGGAGUACUGACUACAAGACAAGGUGUUCAAGGCCGCCUCCCUGAAGCAUGCAUGCCUCCACCUAACCCAAGAACUCUUAUUGAAAGAGCUAAUAAAGAAAAUUCUGUCAAGUCCAAAGAAUCUGGUCUCAGCACAAAAAUUACCAUUGGCGUUGGUGGUAUUGGUGCUAAUGUGUUGCCCAGUUCUAAACAUGACAAAAAAAGUAAAAAAUCCCUUCAUAAGAAAAACUUUGUACAUGAACAUUCAACUAAAUCAUUUCUAGAUUCCAACAAAGACAGCAAAAAGUCAUUUAGUAGCAAGGCUGCUGCCAAGUUUCUGAAAAAGUUAAAAGCCAGCAAAAAAUCUUCCAAGAUUUUCUCUAAACCAAAGUUCAAAGAGCUCAAAGCAUCAGAUGGAGAUGAAGGUACUAAAGACAGUACUAAAAAAGCAGUAGAGAUAUCUGGGGCUAACUUGGAAGGGAAACCCAAGAAGAGAAAGGAGAAAAAAUCUGUGGCCAUCAUCGUGGACUCUGAUGAAGAGCUGCGCAACCUGUCCACCCCUUCAUCAAGUAGGUCUUCCCCAGACCGUCUUAUUAUCAAAGAUAGUGAAGGCUCUGCAGUCAAAAAAGCUCAGAUGGAAGCUAUCAAUGAUAGUAUUAAUUCAGUUUUGAGAGAAGCCCCUGUUAAAGAGGAUAAGGUCAGGAAGAAAAAGAAGAAGGAAGUUAAAUCAGAAGAGCAAAUUGGUGAAUCUCCUGAAGGAAAAGUGAAAAGGAAGCCAGGCAGACCUCCUAAAAAAGUAGAACCUCCACUACCACCUCCCCCUCCUAUUGAUAUUAAACCUUUUGUGUCUGACAAGUACUCUCCCAAAGAAUUGGAGGUCUACGAAUUUAGUGACAGUCCGCCUCCUUCUGUGCUUAAUGCACGUCGUCUAAAUCCAACUGAAUCCGUCUCGUCUGCACCCUUGAGCCAGGCGCAGCCAACCACACAUGCUCCCCAUCUAGCUGUGAAACAUGAAAAUGCUCCUCCCCCCAAACCCAAAGUACAUAAACGUGUCGAGCCUGAAGAUCAGCUGUUUGCACCAGAGAUCAAGUUUGACACUAUGGUAAAAUCUGUGUCUAAGGAUAAACAGAAACCCAAGACAAAGGAGGAGAAGAAGAAAGAUUUGCCAAGCAAAGACAGUGAUAAGCCGAAACCCAAAGAUGAGAAAAAUGACAAACACAAAGAGAAGAAAGAUAAAGGGAAAAUUUUGAAAGUGAAUCCUAGAGCAGACAAUUUGAAGGACAAAGAUUACAAAAAAGACAAAAGAGACAAGAAAAAAGAAAAGGAAAAGAAAAAAAAGCACAAAGAAAGGGAGAAAGAAAGAGAGAAAGACAAACUCAAGAAAAUAGAAAACAAACUCAAGCAAGAACCACCUGUUUCUCGAGAAUCCUCCCCUGCUAAUGUUCUUGGUGUCAAAUUGAAGAUCAAAAUAGGUGGUAGUACUGGGCCAUCAUCUAUGAUGGUAACAGGAGAAAGUAGCUCUGCAACUCCAUCUCCAUCAUCUCUUGUAGGCUCCAAAAGAGAUUCAGUAUCUCCACAUAAGAUAAUACCUAAAUUGUAUAUUUCUAAAGGACCUGGUGGUGAGGAGAAGCCAAAGAAAUCAAGCAAAAUUAAAAGUGAUGGCAAGCACAAAUCCUCCCCAAUGACUUCUGUAAAGUCCUCACCAGCUUCCAAUGCUCAGACAUCACCCUCACCUCGAUCAACACCAACUCCACCUGUACCAAGAAAGACUCCAACUCCUCCGCCACCUAAAUCAGACAAAAUAUCCAAAGAGCAAACCCAUGACCGCAAAAAAGACACUAGUUUAUCCAAAAAAAGAAAGAGUCGGUCACCAGUCAAAGUGUCAAGAAAGGAAAAGAAAAAAGAUGAAUUGUCUUCAUUAUCUGAAGAUUCUUCUUUGUCACCUCCAGCAUCUCCCGCAAAAUCCAAGGCAAAGAAAAGAAGUAAAACCCCACCAAAACUUCAGAAAGCUGCCUCAUCAUCAUCCUCCCCUGAAAAAUCACCACCAUCAUUACCUUUUCAGAGUCCCACACCAUCCCCUCGACCAUCAUCCAGGGCAACUAGAUCACCGUCUCGUGCAUCCUCACAUCACAACUCUUCUGUUUCACCACCUCCACUUUCACGCAGAAACUUUACACCUCCACCAUCUUUGUCACCUGAAGCAAUGGCCCGUAACUCACGGCAUCAGUCUCCCUCUCCAACAAGACCUCCAACCCCAGGAUCCACUUCACCCACCCAGUCCCCAAUCUGGAACUUGCCCAUUUCACCCACACACCACAGAUCACCUACUCCUACUCCCCGUACACCAACAGCUUCACCCAAGCGUGAUUCACGCUCACCCUCUCGCUCCUCCCCUCCUGGUAGCCCCGCCUCACCUCGAAAAUCAUCCAGUCCUGCAGCAUUUUCAUCUGGGCCUGGCUCUAGAGCUGCUGGUUCCCCAGAUCCAUAUCUUAACCAAGAAAUCCCAUCACCUUCAUCUUCUUGUAAAUCCUCUGCUGCAGCUGUUAAACCAGCACGAACUGUGGAAGCUGAGACUGUGUGUGUGUAUACUGAUGAUAGUGGGCAAAAGAUUUGGAUCUGUCCAGGAUGCAAGCUGCCAGAUGAUGGUUCAGAAAUGAUUGGCUGUGAUAUGUGUGAUAACUGGUACCACUGGCCUUGUGUUGGAAUUACAGAAGCUCCACCUGAAACUCAGGACUGGUACUGUGUCAAAUGCUUACCUAAGACUAAGUCUUCUCGAGGCAGGGGUAGACCAAGAGGGCGUGGCAGGGGAAGGGGGAAGAAGAAAAUCACCUAAAUGAAGCUUCUAGUUUCCGAAUGAAUGGAUAGGGUAGUUAAGAAAAAUUAGAACGACAUUUUUUUUUAUCACUUUGAACAAAUUAGUUUAUCUUAAUGAUCUGAUCAUUUAGCAUAAAACAAUAUCUUGUUGUUGUUAGUAUUUAGUCAUCUUAUCCUAUUGUUUUGUCUCCUUUGAUCUUGAUAUUCUGAGCUAGAAUGUCAUCUAUUUGAAUAUGCUGCUUAGCCAGUAAAUCAAUAGAUAUUAGAAGUAAUGUGACCUUAUUUAGUUGCAUCUAUUGUUGUUUUCAAACAAAAAAUUUGUUCCUGACUUCUGUUCACUGACUGUUUCAUUGUGAAAGUUAUAAAGCCACUAUAAUUUAUUGUGAACCCUUUUUUUUAUUCUGUAUAAUCACUGUUUAUAUUUAACAUAAAAAUAUGUACAAGGAAUCAAAUGCUUCUAUAAUUAAUGAUCAAAAUGUUUAGUCAUCAAACAAAAAGCUGUUCAAGGCUCACUGAGGCGAGGAGAUUAGUAUUUGAAGUCAUAAAUAGAACUUAUCUUGUAAUCCACAUAUCAGAGAACCCUGGCUAUCUAUCAUGUGACAGCAUGCCAGUAGCCUUCCACUCAAGUUACUUAGUAGCCUAGGUUUAGCUAAUUAUCCAAUGAGUCUUAUGAAAGACACACUUAGUAUACAGCAUUACAUAGUUAAACAUUUUAGUUGUUGUCAUGUUUGUUUGUGUAGAAUGAUGGGCUGAAUUUAAAAUGACAUGGUGACACUUUGAAAAGAUAAAGGUUACAUUGCAUGUAACAAUAUGAAAUAGAAGGACAAAUGACACAUUUUCAUUUUGUCACUUUUUUAUAUCAUAUGGACACUGGUAUUCUAAAAGGGCUUUGAACUAAAAGAUUUGUCAGUUUGGUUGUAAUGUCCAUGACAGUUGACUUCUAUAAACAAUAUUUGUAUACACAUUGUCUUUAAACCUCCGCUCCUAAAGCUCAGUAGGUUAACUAUGUCAGGAGUUGCUUUUUAGUUUUCUUCUGUUAAGUACAUUGCAGUUCACCUUGAUUGUAUUUUUGUGAGAAGUAGACUUUAUAAGUAUGUUAUGGCUUACCCAAGCUUCCUGAUUUAUCUGAAGGAUUGUUGUAUUGUUGUUGUUUUUUCACAUAGUUUUUCAAUUGUAUUGGAACUGUUGGAGAUUAGACAGGUAGGUUUUCUUAAAGUUAGUAAAAAAAAUAUGUUCUAUGCUGUUAUCAUGAGCCUAAAGCUUGUGUGAUUUUAAAAAACUGGAAAGUCACUUAAUGACAUUUGUCUUGCAAAAAUAACUAGGUCAAGAUGAGAUUCUUCUAACAAAUUUCCUGCCAACCUUACAUAAAUUUGAGUUUCUGUGAACAAAAUUAUUUUAGCAUUUUUUCCAUGGAGAUUUUCUUAGUAUCAAAGUUGUUAAUUACUAGUAUGCUAGUAUGCACCAUUUGGUUUAUUUUUUCUACUGGUAUUAUAGUUAAAAUGCUCAGAUGCUAAAGAAAAUACCACUGCAUUUAACUAUUGUAGGGUCCUAUCUUUAUAUAUAAUAUAUUUUUAAAAUGUAUAGUGUUGUGUUAAUUGAAACAAUUCUGUGUUAUUUAUGAAGUUUGUUUUACAUAAGAAUAUAUUUGUGUUCAGUGGAUUUUCACACACCACUUUCAAGAAAUUUUAUACACAUUUAUAAACUGUAUGUAUGUAAUAAAGAUGCACAAUAUUUUUUUUUGUUUAUUGUAGCUGUUGUCUACUUGUUUGAAAUGCUUUAUCUCACUGUAUCUUAGCAAUGUGUAAAAUUGUAUCCAUUUGUACAUAAUUGAGUUUGAUUGAAAGGUAACAAGCAAAACUGUUUGCAUUGAAAUUGUGUGUUUCUAUUUGUAUGAGUGUUGACUUACUGUUAGUACAAACAUAACUAUUGUUGCAUUGUUAGGAUUUUUUUUGUGUGGUCAAACUGCUAAAACUAGAAAUUUGAAUACUUUUGUUAUGGGACAUUACAUACGAGAUUUCACACCUUGGUUUUAAAUUGAUCAGUUUUUUUGUUUUUUUAUAUAAGCAUAAGUGAAAACCCAUGAUUUAUGGGUAAAUCUGGACUAGUAAAGUUUCUGUAAUGACCAAAUAGACUGUGACUAAUUGAGACAUAUGUUGUAAUGUCUUCCCUUCAUUUGAACAUGUCCUCAGUUGUGUGUUGUAGUAGUGGUAUACAGUAGUCCCUAACCCUAGGCUGAGCAUUUACAUACCUUUCUAUGAUGUACUUGUUGACACGAGAAAAUAUUUUAACAAGUUAUAAACAACUUAACAAAUGUUACAUAGAAGAAGGCAAACAUUUCUGACACCAUUGGAAUAGUGCAUGCUUUCUAGCCAGAUCUGGUAGCUGUUGAAAUGUUGUACUGUUGGGCAGCAUUAGCAAACAUUACCAAUGCUUUUUUGAGAAAGUUCUUGUUCAAACUCUCUUGAAUAAUAUUCUUUGGAGACGAUGUCUUUUGUUUUUUUCUUCUCUUUAAUGAAGACAAACUCUCUCAUUAUAAAUGUGUAGAAGUAAUGAGAGAAGGGCAUGCAGACACACUUGAGAUCAGAGUUUUGAGUGCUUUGUAUAGAAAUGUUUGAUUUAUUUCAUCUGAACAUCUAGAGACAAGAACUAAGCAUCAAAUCUAAGAAUCCAGAGCUUGAACCAACACUUUAGUGCUACUAAUGUUCCUACCCAGCCAAGACACUUCAAAGCUAUGACUAGGUCAUUUUCACAUAUUUUCUCUGCAUAAUUAUUUCACAUAUUUCAAUAUAGGAAUACUAUCAUAAUUUUGUUUGUUUUAGCUAUGACUUAUACAGAAAGAAUUUUUUGAAACUGGUGUUAUAUUAGGACGCUUCUAUUAUCUUUUCUAGAACUUCUGGUAGUGAAACAAGGUCAUGCGUCGUCUAGUCAUGUUUUGAGUGGAGAUUGUGAUCAGAAAAUAUUUUGGAAUUUGUGAGUGGUACGUGUGAUACAAGGAGCUAAGUGUGUCUUUGGGUUUGUUAGCCAAAUGAGAUUAGUGUAGAGCAUAAAAGCUACAGGUUUCUUAGUUGUUUUGAACAGAUUGUUGGAAGUCAAAUGAUGUCGCAUUUGUCAUUUACUAAGAGAUGUCAAUGGUUUAUUGUACCAAACUUUUAGUUGCCACUUAGUAGUAGGCUUUUGUUUGUUAUGUUGAGAGAGACAGUACUAUUAUUGGUAGGCCUAUUGUUAUGUCUUGGUUUCUGUUUAUUUUAUUUUUAAAUAUCUUCAAAUUGUUGUUUUUGAAAUAAAAUAUGUAUCCAGAACAUCA